AUGCGAUUUUUCACCCCGAAGCACCAAAAAUUGGUCAACCAGUGCUAUCCGUCCGGUAGAACCACAGAUAAGAAGCCAAAAUCUUCCGAAACUUCAUACCUUUUGUAUUAUGUCAACUCCAGACGCAGCAAGCUGGAGAAAGUGAGUAUUUACUUGGUCAAGAGGACCGCGGUUGACUUGAAUCGUCGAAGAGUGGGAAAUGUGGCAGUGACGCUUGAACUGAUGGCCAAGAUUGUCAGCAAUUGCAAAGAGAAUCUGAAUGUCUUUGUUAAGGAUUUCUUACACAUAAUGAGAAAGAUUCUGUCGAACAAUAAUUUCAAUAAUGACGUCUCGAUAGUGGAGCUCGUUGAAGAGGCAUUUUCCGCAAUCUGUAAGAAUGUAGAUGGUGCACUCUGCAAUGGUGACGCGGACUUUGUUCAAAUGUACCAGGAGUUUGCAGAGCUGUAUUUCCGUGUUGUUAGGGAAAUGCUACAAAACGACGAUCUCCUAUUGAAGGGCUGCAUCGACAUCUCAUAUACUAGCAGUUUGGCAAGCAGCCCGCAAAUCAAUCAUUUCAUACCUCAGUCGGUGGAUCUGGUGCUCCACAAGUUUGUGGAGAGACACCCAGUUUUCAAGAUCGCGUACCUUGAGACUGCGAACGAUCAAACCAUGAGUAAAAGGCUAAGUCGCACUCAGACUCGGACGGCAGGACUGGACGACGUGCUUGAUAGCGGAGCGGAUCUAUCAAUCAAGGCGUUACAGUCCUAUUUCACAACAACCGAGACUGACAAGCUAACGUUAUCGAUUCGCGCCUUACUGCAGUUCAUACAGCAGAAUCCCAACAGGAACCUGUUGGAGUUUAUAUGUAACGGCAUACCGGUACAAUUGAGAUACAUUGUGGUGCUGCUUUUGGUAAGGCAGCUGAACGACAGUUCUUCGCAACCCAUCAUUGUUAUGAAGCUGGUGUCGUCUCUGUUAGUCUCGAACGUUAGUAUUGUGGGCCUGAGCGUUCUCGACAUGAUGAGAAGGAUACUCAAAUUUCAAUUGGAGAAUGUUGGCAAUGCCGAAAUAGUAGAUCAAUGCUGUGCAACGCUGACAGAUCUUAACAACAAGAUAUACUAUAGAGGACAAACCUCAGACAUGCUUUAUGAAUUUCUUUUGAAGCUCAGGUCCACCAAGAAGGAGGAAGAACGUGUUGUGAUGAAUAACGACAUUAAGGCACUUAUUCGGCAUAUAGAAAAGCCGUGUAUAAGCCUAGAAUUGUUUCUUGAUGUGGCUCCAUAUACUGGAAGUGCCGAGCAGGUACGGCUCUUUGAUACAGUCGAGGAGCAAGUCUCUGGUGGUCUGCAUCUUUCUAAGCUGUAUCAACUGGUUCGCCAGAUGGAUUCAGAACAAGAACAGAAAGUGCUAAUGCAAAAAAUCUUCAAAAAGUACAAAAGUUUCGCAUUGCUCUCAGGCUUGAACUAUUUCACUGAAAACGUUUCAAGUCCAGAGGCUACGUACUACUUUUAUCACAUUGAAGCCUCGAACUUCUUAAAUUUGGAAGAUUAUAGAUCGCAAGCGGAAUUCAAAAGGGAAACAAAUGACUUGUUCACGAAAGAUGAUUUGAUUAACUUUUAUUCCGAUGCAGGUUCCAAUAAAUUCAGUAAGAAAGGUGCACAAAUUUUGAUGUCCCAAAACAAUCAAAUAUCGACGUCUGAUCUUCUUUGCGAGAACAACCUACGCUCGAAUCCUGUAAACAUAACUCGAGAUUCUUCGAUUGAUGCGCUAGCUGCUGCCAACACGAUGAAUAACCAAAAGGCAAACGGCCAUAAGGACUACCGUUCCGUAAAUCUAGAAGACAACCGGUCUGUUAGUAAGGUCCGAUCGUGGAAAAGCCUACGACAUGCGGCGCCAAAAGUUGAAGAUCUGAAGAAGGUGAUGAUUGGAAAUAAAUCAUCUAAAAACCGAGAUAUGUCCUUACGAGGCUCCCAAUCGGUCAAAUCCAGAGUAACCAAUAUCACUUUCCUGCUCAGCGAACUCAAAAGUAUUGAUGACGAAACAAGUCACAUUCACGAUCCUGACGAGGAUGAAAUUGUUGGACUGGACAAGACUGACCUGGCCAGGUCUCAUUCUCUAAAAGCACUGUCAUCCAACGGUGUCAGUGACUCCAAACGCCAAUCGCUACAUAAAAACGACCAGGACGAAGAUGAAUUUCAAGAUGCGGCUAAUGAUGUUACUCUGACAGGAACUCGAGGCAAAUUAUUUUGA